GAGAGCGAGGUAGCUGGAUGGGAAAAAGGGAGUAGGGCAAUUACAAACAUGAACAAGCUGAAGUCCUCACAGAAGGAUAAAGUUCGACAGUUCAUUAUCUUCACCCAAUCUAAUGAGAAGACUGCAUUGACCUGUUUGUCACAGAAUGACUGGAAACUAGAUGUUGCCACAGACAACUUUUUCCAAAAUCCAGAUCUCUAUCAUUCAAAUCUAAAGGCAACAUUAGACAAGAAAAAGUUAGAACAGCUCUACAACAGAUACAGAGACCCACAAGACGACGACAAAAUCGGCAUCGAUGGCAUCCAGCAGUUCUGUGAUGACCUGGGCCUGGACCCAGCCAGUAUCAGUGUUCUCCUCAUUGCCUGGAAGUUCCGGGCCGCAACACAGUGCGAGUUUUCCAGACAGGAGUUCAUGGACGGGAUGGCAGAACAAGGGUGUGACAGCAUAGAGAAACUAAAAGCCCAACUACCAAAAAUGGAGCAAGAGUUAAAGGACCAAGGGAAAUUUAAGGACUUUUACCAGUUUACAUUUAACUUUGCAAAGAAUCCUGGCCAGAAAGGUUUGGACUUAGAAAUGGCAAUUGCAUAUUGGAAUUUAGUACUGGCUGGAAGAUUCAAAUUCCUGGACCUGUGGAACAAAUUUUUAGUGGAGCAUCAUAAACGAUCCAUCCCCAAGGACACCUGGAACCUCCUGUUAGACUUCAGCACAAUGAUAACUGAUGACAUGUCCAAUUAUGAUGAAGAAGGAGCGUGGCCGGUCCUCAUUGAUGACUUUGUGGAGUUUGCUCGGCCGCACAUUGGGACCAAAAGCACAGCUGUCUAGGUCUGCCCAAACUCGAAGGAACGUCCAUAUUUUUGUUUAUACAAAAACACAACCAAGGCGGUAAAACAGAACACAGGGGACUGCACUGAGCUGAGAUCUAUGUUGCCUUUUCCAAACCUCAGGACUGAGAUGUUUUACACAACAGACUAUAUAAAAGGCAUAUCUCCUCGUCAGUCGUCUUGUGGUGGUUUGGGCUUUUAUCUUUAGUAUGGGGCUUUUUUGUCUUGACUCCAGCCAACUGGAGAGGAGUCGCCAUCCUGGACCUUACAGUUCCUGUCCCAGUGUUUAGUUGACGCGGUCAAGGUUCAAGUGAGGCAAAUCGACACCCUGAAAAGACAAAUACAAUUGUAUCGUAUUCUAAACCCGGGGGUCCAUGAGGGAAUGUCAUUCUUUAAAUAUUAAAUUGAAUUUUAAUACUUUGUGUGCAUUCCUACUUUUGAAUUUUGUUUUAUGAGGUAUGUGUGUGUGUGUGUGUGUGUGCGCGAGUGAGUGAGUGUGAAAGACCAGUACAAAAACAUUGAUUGUAAUAUUUUUUGUUUUAACCAUAAUGCUAUUCCAUACACACAAAUGUAUAAUAAGGUAAUAAAUGUUUCAAUUUGG